CCGGCGAUCGCUCCCCUGGCCGUCCGCGGCCCCCUCGGCCCCCCAGGAUCGUUGGUCCGGGCGCGGGGGAGGGAGAAAGUGAGACUCGGUGUCAUCACCAUCCAUUGUCAGAAGGGGAGGAAAUUGGAAUCCAGCAGCGGCGAGCAGCAGCAGCUGGGCGGUCACAUCUGGGAAUGCAAAGCCGACCUCCCCCCCCACCUCCUCCUCCACCACCUCCUCCUCUCACACCCAGGAGCACUUCCGAAACCACUUCGCCUUCGGCCCCUGCCUCGGCCAGAGGGAUUUCUUUAAUGGGGAUGUGUUCAAGGCAAGAGCGAAUUCAGAAGGAUAUCGACGUCGUGAUCCAGAAGUCCAGAGCCGAGAAGGACUGCCUGUUUGCAGAUUUCAGAUACUCAGACUCCACCUUUACUUUCACCUACGUUGGCGGCCCCAAAAGUGUAUCUUACUCAGUUCACGUAUCUGAAGAUUACCCAGAUAAUACAUAUGUGUCAAGUUCAGAAAAUGAUGAAGAUGUGCUAGUUACUACAGAGCCAAUUCCAGUAAUUUUUCAUAGAAUAGCAACAGAAUUAAGGAAAACAAAUGACAUUAACUGUUGCUUAUCCAUAAAAUCAAAAUUACAAAAGGAAAAUGGGGAGGAGUCUCGACAGAAUAGUACAGUUGAAGAAGACUCUGAAGGCGAUAAUGAUUCUGAAGAAUUUUAUUAUGGAGGACAGGUGAACUAUGAUGGGGAAUUGCACAAGCAUCCACAGCUGGAGGCAGAUUUGUCAGCAGUGAGGGAGAUAUAUGGGCCACAUGCAGUUUCUCUCAGGGAAUAUGGAGCCAUUGAUGAUGUAGAUAUUGAUCUGCAUAUUGAUGUCAGCUUUCUUGAUGAGGAGAUUGCUGUGGCUUGGGAGGUAAUUCGAACAGAGCCUAUAAUUGUCCGACUACACUGUUCACUUACACAGUAUUUAAAUGGCCCAGUGCCCACCGUUGAUGUCUUUCAGAUCUCCACAAAAGAGCGGUUUGGAUUGGGACAUCAACUGAAGAAAAUUAUGCAGACAUUUGUUACACAGCAGUGGAAACAGAGCAAAGAAAAAUCCAAUUGCCUGCACAACAAAAAGUUAUCAGAGAAGAAAGUGAAGUCUCCCCUGCAUUUAUUUUCUACCUUGCGCAGGUCGCCAAGUUACCCUCCCCCUGGUUGUGGUAAAAGCAAAUCCAAGCUGAAAUCCGAGCAAGACGGAAUCUCCAAAACGCAUAAGCUGUUGAGGAGGACUUGUUCCAGCACAGUCAAGACUGACGACGUGUGUACCACAAAGUCACACAGGACCUUUGGUCGCUCCCUGUCCAGCGACCCCAGAGCUGAGCAGGCGAUAACGAUUAAAUCGCACAAACUCUUGAACCGUCCUUGCUCUGCAGCUGUUAAGCCGGAGGACUGCCUCACCCUCAAGCCGCAUAAACUGUUGACUCCAUCUUGUUCUGGAGACCCGCGAUGUGAGCACAAUACCAACUUGAAGCCCCACAAACUGUUAAGCAGGUCUUACUCCAGUAAUCUCAGAAUGGAAGAAUUAUACGGACUGAAAAAUCACAAAUUGCUCAGCAAGUCUUACUCCAGUGCCCCCAAGUCAUCCAAAACGGAGCUUUUCAAGGAACCUAAUGCAGAGAGCAGGAGGCUCUCUCUCACCUCAGGGCUUAUUGGUAUCUUAACACCAUCUUCAUCUUCAUCUUCCCAGCCUGCUCCAAACGGUGCAAAAUGCAUUCCAGUGCGAGACCGCGGCUUUCUAGUGCAGACUAUUGAGUUUGCUGAGCAGCGGAUCCCUGUGUUGAAUGAAUACUGUGUGGUUUGUGAUGAGCCACAUGUGUUUCAAAAUGGCCCCAUGCUUAGGCCUACCGUGUGUGAACGAGAGCUGUGUGUAUUUGCUUUUCAAACCCUGGGAGUAAUGAAUGAAGCUGCUGAUGAAAUAGCAACUGGAGCUCAGGUGGUAGAUCUACUAGUAUCCAUGUGUAGGUCUGCGUUGGAAUCUCCUAGAAAAGUUGUCAUUUUUGAGCCAUAUCCUUCUGUGGUGGAUCCAAAUGAUCCUCAGAUGUUGGCCUUCAAUCCCAGGAAGAAGAAUUAUGAUCGAGUAAUGAAAGCACUGGAUAGCAUAACUUCCAUCAGAGAAAUGACACAAGCACCUUAUUUGGAAAUCAAGAAGCAGAUGGAUAAACAGGACCCCCUUGCACAUCCCCUACUGCAAUGGGUUAUUUCAAGUAAUAGGUCCCAUAUCGUGAAACUUCCAGUUAACAGGCAAUUGAAGUUCAUGCACACUCCACAUCAAUUUCUUCUCCUUAGCAGUCCACCAGCCAAAGAAUCCAAUUUCAGAGCUGCUAAAAAACUCUUUGGAAGCACCUUUGCAUUUCAUGGUUCACACAUUGAAAACUGGCACUCCAUACUGAGGAAUGGUCUGGUGGUUGCUUCUAAUACACGACUGCAGCUCCACGGUGCAAUGUAUGGAAGUGGAAUCUAUCUUAGUCCAAUGUCAAGCAUAUCAUUUGGUUACUCAGGGAUGAACAAGAAGCAGAAGGUGUCAGCCAAGGAUGAGCCAGCUUCAAGCAGUAAAAGCAGCAGCGCAUCACAGUCACAGAAAAAAGGACAGCAGUCCCAGUUCUUGCAGAGCCGUAACUUAAAGUGCAUAGCCUUAUGUGAAGUGAUCACCUCACCUGACCUGCACAAACAUGGAGAGAUAUGGGUUGUCCCAAAUACUGAUCAUGUCUGCACACGAUUCUUUUUUGUCUAUGAAGACGGCCAAGUGGGAGAUGCAAAUAUUAACACACAAGAAGGAGGCAUUCAUAAAGAGAUCCUCCGAGUAAUUGGUAAUCAAACUGCUACUGGUUAAAGGACCACCAUUUAAUUAACAUGAUUUGAAAGCCUUCCUCGGGUUCAAAGCUGGAUUUUGAACUGAAGAAGAUGAUAAAAUAAUUUAUUGUUAUUAUAAACAAAAUUAACCCUUUGAAUACUGAUUUUUUUUCUUAGUAUUUCUAAGUAUCUCAUUAAAUACCCAAAAUGGUUUAAAGUUUAUCAAUUGUAGGGUUAUGGAAUCUAGUAAUAAAAUUACAACAGCACUUAAACUAAAGUUUGGGUUGCUACACAAUAAACAGAUUGAAAAAACAGUUUUGUGCUGAUAUUUUUAUAUUAAAUUCUAUAAUUGGCCAUUUGGUAUUAUAAACUGACAUUUUAGGGUACCAAUAUAGAAUUGAGAAAAUUUUAUAAUAGUGUUUGCAUCUUACCAGUGACUUGUGAUUGGAUGUGUGCACAUUCUGCUGCACUAUAGAAUUAGUGGUAUGAACCUGUCAAUGUUUGGGGAGGGAUGUUCCCUAUUCUCCUAUUUUUCCAUAUACAAAAACCAUUAGGUUUUAGAAGUAGUGCUUUCUCCAAAAGGAUGUAACACACUCCAGAAUGUGUGAGUGCACAUAAAUGUAUGUAUAUUCACACAUAGGGAUUUUGACAACAGAGAUAGCACAACUUUGCCAUUCUGUCAUCAUGCAGUGGAAAGAAGAUAAUGUCCAGUAAGCAGCACAUCUGGACAUUAACCAAGAUAUGAGACAAAUUUACCACCAUUCAUUCACUGAAGAUAAUUGCAGAGAAUUUUUCUGUUUCUUUAAAGAAAUGUCCCAUUGGUUAAUAGGUAACCCUUUCAAAAUGUUACCUAGAAGUCAUAAUUUGGGGAACAUUGGUGCCCCUGUAGACUGAACGUAUAUUAAAGUGAUCAUAUGUUUAAGAGAAAACCCUUAAGAACUGAAACAAACAAUAUAUAUUUUUGAUUUCCUGCAGUGGAACAUUUAAAAUUGUUUAUACGACACCAGCAUUUUUAUAUUUAUUUAUCUAAUACCUCUGCUUAUUUUUUUUCAUAUUGAGAAAGAGGACAAACUUUGAAGCUUCUUUAUAUUAAAAUAAUUUUUAACCUAAGUUUAUAGAGAACAGUAAGACUAGCUCUGAGCAUGUCUCAUCAAAGUCAUUUCAAUUUCUUUGAGUCCUAGAGUUCUUACUCAUUUUAAGUUUUAAUUGACAGUGUUUGUUUUCCUACAUGAUGUCUUUGGAAUAAGACCAUUUAUGAAAUCAGUUUAAUUAAAGAGUCUGCCACUCUAUUCAGACUCUGAAUUGAGGCUCAUAUCUGAUUUUAAUUUAUAUAGGAAGAAGAAGUAAAAAUGUGUAGUCAUUUACAAGUAUAAUGUGAUAACUUCAGUGUUCAUUCCCUUUGUCUGGCAUGAAAGGGGAGAAAAAGGUCAUACUCAUUGUUAAGGGUUGCAGCUUAGGAAGUAUUUACCAAUGGUUUGUUUUUCUUACAUUGUAAAUAAUUGAUAUGCUACUUAUCUCUGCAAAAAUGGGCUUGGAGUGGUUGGGAUAUUAUUCAUUUUGAUAGUAUCUAUUUAAAACAUUGAUCUAUUCUGACUUGUGCCUCUGAACUCAGGGCCAGAUUGAGGGAUAAUAUUAACAUGGUACAGACAAUUUAAUGUUGUAUGACCAGUUAUUUGAAGAGUUGGUGUAGGACAAGAGAACCACUUCCUUCUUCCUGCUAAGACUCCCCACAUGUCCAAAAUGAUUUUACCCAUGUUGUAAAGUCGUUUUUAAGCAACAGUUAUUUUUCACAUUAAUUCUUUGGCACAUCCAGUACAUGACAUAAACUUGAAGUCCAGGAUUUGGGAGUGAGAGUACUGAGAACCCUACCUAUUUGGCCACUGGGACCACUGAGACACCUCUGAAAACUCCGGAGAGCCUCCAAGCAUGCUUUAAAAGCUGCUGUCCAAAUCCUUUGUGGUUGUAUUUAACAGUUCCUUGAUCUAUAAGGAAUAUAGUAUCAGAAUCUGAAAUAGAAGAGUAACUUAAUAGGACUUGACAGAGACAGUUUACACGAGGAAAACUGACAUAAUAAAAAAUGGUGCCAACUGGAAAGAAUAAGAAUAAAAUGCCUCGUAGACAAUAAAAGUAGAUUCAUCUAUCCAAGGAUCUUUGGAUAGAUGAUCUUUCCAUGCCUACUAAAUAUUAACAGAAAGAAUAUGAUGUCAUAAAUGCCACUGAUAAAUGACUACCAUGCUUCCAAAAUCCACACAGGUCUUUAAAAUUUAAAAGCAUACACUAUUUUAAUCUUGCCUUGAUUCAGUCAGCCCAUUAAAAAUUUUGAUAAUUAUUUACUUGAUGAUUCCAAACAUUUGAUAUUGUAUUGUAUUUCAUUUGAAAUCUGUCCAUUGAUGCUUUGUAAUAUUUAUGUUAAUAAUGUAGCCAUUGCUACUAGAUAUUAACCCACUGAGCAAAGUCACUUAUUUUCAAUGUUGAAGUAGGGGAAGAAGAACCUUAAUUUAUUAGUUCUUCUUGUUCCUCCUGUGUUAAUGGUUUUGUAAGCAUUUCACUGCAAAUGAUUUGUCUGUUUUCAUUGAACAACAAAAAAUAAAAAAAAAUUUUGAGAAAAAAUAUUAAUACACAAAAAAUAUUAAUACACAAAUAUCUAAUGUUGUAGAGGCCUUUUAUUGCCUGAGGUUUAAUUAUGUUGGAAUAAAUUUUAUUUUAUUGUUUAAUAAAUCUCACUCAAAUUUUGGAAUUAAAGGUGAUUUUCCAAUUUAAAAUUUAAUCUUAAAAGUGUAACAUCCUUACAGCUCUUUCAGAUGCUGUGUAGUAUAAGAAACCCACCCAAACUAUUGUUAAUACUCUAAAUGUUUUUCACUGAAGAAAUUAAGAAUUUGGAGAUUAAAUUCCUCAGUUUUCCCCCCCUUAAUAUGUAAGUCUGCUCAUAUAUAAGUUAAUAUCACUGAAGGAAAUUAAGCAGCUCUUUAUAUGGUAAAAAUGUAUGGAAAACCACAACUUAUUUUAGGGCAUGAUGUUUCAGGAAGCUGUAAGGAAAAACUCAGUAUCCUUGUUAAAGAGUCUUGAUAACUUCAUUGGAAAGUAAUUUAAUAUUUCUUAAAGGGCCAUUCAACCUUAGGCAGUACCCUAUAAGUAAAUGUAAAUUCCAUGGUGGUGUUUGAAGUGCAUUUUACAAGCAUUAUGUUGUUCUAGUGUCCUGCUGAAUUCUUCAUUCUAAUACUACCUCAAGACAAAUUCUGGACUGUUAAGGUAGAUUGGGUUUCCAGUGUAAGGAAUAAAUAAAAGUGUACAAAUAGAAGUCAUCAAGUAAUUCAACAGUUAAAAACAUGUUGGACAUAAAUACUGUCAGUUGCUCCUUUACAAUACUUUAACGUGGAUAUUUCAGACACUAGUGAUAAAUGACAUAGUUAAAACACAAUGAGUUACUUGAAAAGCUUUCAAGUUGAAAAUUUAGCUUGUUCAUUUUAAGAUUAGUUUUCUAAAUAGGCCAAUUUUAUGUCCAUUCACAAGUUAAAACUUCCCACUCUAAAGCAUUAAAUAUUAAGAAACCCAAUUGCUCUCCCAGAAUGGCAGCCUGAAUAUUCAAGUGUUUUGUUGGCAUUUUAAAUGCCUGCUGCAUUUUUGUUGGAUUAUAUAUAGUUUUGAUGUAUAUUAUUACCCAGUAAAUUUUUCCUGGGGAUUUUGUACACACUAUGAAACAUUAGGAGAAACUUUUGUAGGUUAAAAGUAUUUCAAGUAGUUUUUAGACAAAACAUAUCCAUGAGUGUGAAAAGCUGUGUUGAAGAAUAGAUUACAUUACACAUUUACCAGCAAGUCAGUAAAAAAUAGUGCUUAUUUACAUAGUCAACAUAAUUUAAUGUUCUAAAAAUAAUUUCCUCAAUCUGCCCAAUAUUUAAUGUAUCAUUUGAGAUUUUAAAAAAUGCAGCCACUCCUUUAUGUAAACAUUGAGAUAUGCCUAUGUUUCUUUAACUAUAUAGCCUUCUUUACAAGAAAUUUCUUGACUUUUGUGCACAAAAUAGUCUUGCAACCUGCUAUGUAGCCUUUGGUGCCUUAGAGUUAUUAUAAAUAUUUAACAAUAUGUACAUAAUGUAAAUACUGCCAAGAGAGAUCACUAAGGCCAAAUAUUUUCUCUACUCACUUUUUAUCGCACUUGCUUUCUAUUGCUACUUAAGCCUCUUUUAUCCAGCUUUGUAAUAGUUCUACCAUUGUAGCCAAUGUAAAUGUUUACUUUCAAUAAAUCUGAAUUUGUUCAACAAGUACGGUAUAUGUGGGCACUAUUUUGAAAACUUGAUUAGGCUUUAGAUACCCUUUUUGAUGAAUCUUGCUUCUGGGGGCUACAUAUUGAAGGUUAUUACCAAACUAAAAAUGAUAUUGCUUCUUUCCACUAAAAAAUACUUUUAAACUAAAAGGGGAAAAAGGAAACAGCUUUUGCCAAUAUUCUCCAUAUAGUUGCAAUCGAAUUAAUUGGUUGCAUGAGUGCCAUUUUAUUUCAAAUUCUGCCAAGAAGUUUAGGAUUGAAAUAACUGACUUUGUAUAGUUUGUACCUAUGCUCUAUUUAUAACACAUGGGCAUAAUAUCAAAAGGAGCAUUUCAAAUGAACCAUCCUGAAUUUUCUAAGUAUUUCUGACUUGAUUAGUAAGUGGAAAAGAAUUUUUAAAAUACAUAUCAUUAACUAAACAGAACAUUAUUAAGUAUGGUUCACUAUUAAUAGUAAAUAUUUAUGAAGACCUAAGUUUAUAUUCUCAUAAUGAAUUUUUUUACUCCUGGCAACUGUAUAGCUGAGAGACUGGAGAAAGCAGACUUCAGUUUAUUAGAGCUGAUUUCAGUAACUAGAAACACAUAGGUGUCCAGUAUGUUUGUUUACACAGUAGGUCUGAACAGUAUUAGACUUUUUGUUGCCCCAAAGGAACCUUCAGUCUAAGUGUGAAAUCUUUAGUCUAAUUGUGAAAAGAAAGCAAACAGUUGGAAAUAAGGCCGAGGAUGCUGAAUGGAAAAGACGAAUCCAGGCAACACUUGGGGAAAGAACAAAUCAUCUACAUCACUGCAAUGGCAGGAAGAUCUGUGGCAUUAGCAGAACUCUCAGUAUCCAGUAGACUGUCGAACUUAUGAGGACUUUAAAACAACAACAAAAAGAAAAUUGUCGUGUCUAUGGAAAUCAACUUAAAGAUG